UUUUGGUAAAACGUGGGCGGAAGUGACCCGGAGUUUGUAUACCGGUGUUCACUUUGCAAUGUUGCUGCUCGUGCCUUGCCACUUUUUCCUCAAUUUCUUCCGACACAACUAAAGAAAAUGAGUAGUGGUUCAAAUCAGAGGACGUUGUUCCAGACUUGGGGCGCACCGGUCUCUCAAAACAAAGUUCUGCAACCGAAAAAAGAUGUAAAGAAAGCCGAUGGACGGCGCAGAGCAACGCCGAGCAACACUGCGCAGGAAGCUACCGUUAGGACACAACUUCCUCAAAGCCAGAGUCUGUGGGCUCAAAUAGGUCAGGGGUCCGCACACACAACGGUGAGGACAGAGGGCCCUCGGCAGUUGCUGGAAGAUGAAGACGACGACGACGACGAUCUGAUUCUGGUCGCUGUUAACGAGGCUGAAAGGAGCCUACAGCUGGAUAAUGCGCACUAUUUUCAAUGUGACAACUUAGUAGGAACAGAGAGCACUGCCCUCUCUCCCAGCCCAUCAGCUGGGAAAACCUAUCCAGACUUCCCUGGCUUUAACAGCUCCUCAGCUAAGGUAUGGAUUUACCCCACCAGCUAUCCCGUCAGGGAGUACCAGAGGAAGAUAUCAGAGGUUGCUCUCUUUCAGAACACACUGGUGUGUCUUCCCACUGGUCUGGGAAAGACCUUUAUAGCCUCUGUGGUUAUGUACAACUUCUACCGCUGGUAUCCAUCGGGGAAGAUUGUAUUCAUGGCUCCCACCAAACCUCUGGUGGCCCAACAGAUCGAGGCAUGUUAUAAAGUGAUGGGGAUCCCACAGGCACACAUGGCUGAGCUGACAGGCGCUACAGUAGCAAAGGAUAGACCGGGGGUCUGGAGGACCAAGCGUGUCUUCUUCCUCACCCCUCAGGUUAUGGUGAACGAUCUGUCCAGAGAGUCCUGUCCCGCCGAGCAGAUCAAGUGUGUGGUGAUCGAUGAAGCUCACAAGGCGCUGGGCAACCAUGCCUACUGUCAGGUGAUCAGACAGCUCUGCAGCCGGACUUUACAAUUCCGCAUCCUGGCCCUGAGUGCAACUCCAGGGGGGGAUUCAAAGUCGGUGCAAUCGGUGAUCUCUAAUUUGCUCAUCUCUCACAUUGAGCUGCGUUCAGAAGAGAGCCCAGACAUCCAGGCCCAUUCCCACCAGCGCAGUGUGGAGAAAGUGGUGGUUCCUCUGGGAGAGACCCUCUCUGCUCACCAGGCGCGCUACCUGCAGGUGCUGAAGAAGUUCAUGUCUCGUCUGGUCCAGAACCGGGUCAUGGCUCACAAAGACUUGCGGACUCUCGGCAAAUACCAGAUCAUCCUCGCCAGGGAGCAGUUUCGCAAGAACCCACCAACAUGCAUCAAGGGUCCGCAGCAGGGAAUGCUGGAGGGCGACUUUGCCCUCUGCAUCAGCCUGUACCAUGGCUACGAGCUGCUGAUGCAGAUGGGGCUCAGGUCGCUCUUUUUUUACUUCCAGGGAAUCAUGGACGGAUCCAGAGAGAUGUUCAGGGCCAGAAACGAGCUGCAGAGGACCCCCGUCUUUAUGGACCUUUACCAUGAGAUGCAAGCAAUGUUUGUGAAGCCAUCUUCUGGUCCAGAUGAGCCAUUCAUUUAUAGUCACCCCAAACUGGAGAAACUGGAGGAGGUGGUGCUUCAGCACUUCAGGCGGUGGGCUGAGAGCUCAGCAGACAAUAAUGGUCCUCAGGAAUUAAGCACGCGUGUGAUGAUCUUUUCAUCGUUUCGUGAGAGCGUGCAGGAAAUCGCAACCAUGUUGAACCACCAUGCUCCGUUGAUAAGGGUCAUGACCUUUAUGGGCCAAGCUUCAGGGAAGGGAGUCAAAGGCUUCACACAAAAGGAACAACUGGAGGUGGUGUCCAGGUUCCGCCAGGGAGGCUUCAACACACUGGUGUCAACCUGUGUCGGGGAGGAGGGGCUUGAUAUCGGAGAGGUGGACCUCAUUGUUUGCUUCGAUUCACAGAACAGCCCCAUCCGCCUGGUGCAGCGAAUGGGGCGCACUGGACGUAAGCGGCAGGGACGAAUUGUUGUCAUCCUGGCUGAGGGACGCGAGGAGAGGACAUACAACCAGAGCCAGAGCAACAAGCGCAGCGUGGACAAGUCCAUUAUCAGCAACAAAUGCGGUUUCCACAUGUACCCCAACAAUCCACGCAUGCUGCCUGAGGGAGUGAACCCCACCAUGCAUAAGAUGCACAUUCUCUGUGGCCAGUUUGACCAUCAGAGAGCAACCAGGCGGUCUGAGGGUCGACAGUCCCACACUGAGGGAUGGGCCUCUCUCAUUCACCCUCAAAACCUGAGUGAUGCAAAGUCGGAUGGGUUUCUGAGCAGUACUGAAUAUUCCCUGUGGGCAUCCACCAUGAGGCUGGAGGAAGAUGAAGCUCAUCCAACCCUGAAACAGUCCCGUUUCAUGUCUCUGCCCAGUGAUCUUCCACUCCAGGAGGAAGUUUCCAAAAGUGGACCAGCGUCCAGAAACCUAUCUUUGUGGGAGUGGAGACACUGGCAGCACAAAGCGCUUCCUACCCAUGAUGUUGAUCAUUCCCUCCGCUGCCACCACUUCAUCAAGGUGAUGGAGCUCAUAGACGGCAUGAGAGAGGAAAGUGAGGGGGAGUGCCGUUAUGAACAGGAGCUUCUGCCUUACCUCCACAAAGCGGAAGCUGUUGGCCAUGUGAAGAGAAGUCAGAAGAAGCAGAAGGGGACAAAUACCUGCACUAAGACUACCAAAAACAAAGCCAAACCGCCUCCCACUACGUUGUCUGAUGUGGAAUACUCCGACGACAAAGGAGAUUGGGAAAUUACACGAGGAAGAAACACAGUUUCCACAUUCACUGAGACAAAACAGAGACCUUUUGUUGCACAUGGUACUGAGACAUCUUAUGCUGACAUCACAGAUCACCCAGGACCUGAGGCAAUUUGUCCUUUUCCCUCAAAAAAUGACUGUCCCGAAGCCGACAUGGAUGAUGACUGUGCCAUUAUUAAUGAGGAUGUCAUAAAGUCAGAUGCCACAGUUGGUGAGGCUGUAAAUUAUGACACAACUUCACAGUUGAUGACAAAGAUUGAUGAAGAUGUUGAACUUCAGGCCAUGUUUUACCUUCCUAAAUGGGAACCAAGCUCUCCCCUUUCCUUUGCUAAACUCCCAGGAAGAGAUCGGACUCUGAAGGCCAUCCUGGCCAACGUGGCAGAGCUCCUGUCCCGAUCUCCACCGUCACCGACUUUAGAUUUAGUGGCUGACAUGGCUGCUCCAUCACUUCCUCCCUCUCCUCAGUGGCUUCAUCCGUCAUUCCAGGUCAGCUUUACCCUGGAUGUGGACGACAAUGACGAUGAAGUGAUGAUGAGUGACGCUAACGAUGCCCCCCUGAGGGCGGACUCAGACGAGCCUCCAGUUGAUAAAGAGGACAGUAAGCUGUAUCAUGACCGGCAAAGUGUCAGCGUGGCGGCAAACAGUCCAAGCUGGGAUGAAGUUUUUGGGGAAGACAAAAUGAAUGAUAAUCAGGAUGUAAGGCAUAACAGCAUGGAGACAGAUGAUGUGAUUUACAAGGAGGAAGGGGUUGGUGAUGAAGCUGAGAAGGGACAAGGAAAUAAAUAUUGAGAACUGGUGACAAGACGGAGGAAAAACAGAGGGGGGGACGAUGUGAGGAACGAGGAAAUGCCAGACUUAACACAUGGUGGUGGUGUGAAAGAUGACCGGGACUUUCAGUGCAGAGCUCAGAUGGACGAGAGCAUGGAUCUGUUUGGGAUGACGAGGCCUUCCUGCAGAUGACCAUGCCCAGACAUCUCCACUCCUGGCGCCAGGACAUCGCCCACUGCUGACAGCACAAAAAAAUAUGUUUUUCACACACAUUUACCAACAAACCCACGUAGCACUACCCUACCUAGAUUAAACACUGAUGAUUUAGCACACACAAAGCACACAACUCCUCCGCAUGUCGCAACUACCGCGACCCCCGCAGAGACAAAACACAUAGCAGCACCAAGUAAAUCUGGACCAGACAAUUCAAUGACAGACAAGGUGAUCACAGCUCAGUCAUUUGACAUCCAUGACUACUACUCUGUCAACUUUGACCUCGGUUAUUCGCUGGAGGACUCUGACGAAGCGGUGGAAGAGGCUGUUCCUGCCGCGUGUAUAUUGACCUCUCCCCAGCCAAAAAAGCUGGCUGACUCUGCAGCGUCUUUGCCAGCCGUCUCCAACUUUUCCACUCCCAAUAGCAGCUUCCUGAGACAGAGAAUGCCUCCACAGUCCAUUGAAUCCAAGAUAUCUACCAACAGACGUGCUUUCAGAGAACAGGAGCGAGAAACGUCUCUUCUAGCUUCACCUUUGGUGUCUCAGUUUUGUGCACUCCCAUCUCCAAUCACAUCACCAGGAGUUAGGCGGAUGCUUAUGGCUGGCUUCACCAGGCCUCGCCCCACGGGGUCUUUGGUCCCUCUCUCUCCUCCUCAUCCAGUGCAGAGCAACAGUGACAGUGAGGAUGACGUCGUGGUUCAUAAAAGACGACAUCAGAACAAGGUCAAACCUUUGUCGUCCCCGGACGUGUCCAAGACGUCCAGUGACGUGGACUCCCCGUACCCAGUGAAUGUGAAAAGGAGGCGUGCAGCUGCACUUAAUACUUCUGAUGAAAUGGAGGGUGAAGCUGCUUCUGAAGAUGAUUUCCAGAAUGAGUCUCUGUUCACACGCAGAACCACAGCAGACGGAGCUGAGAGGAAGAACGUCCAACAAGACAAAGCAAAGCACAUCAAAUGUCGAAAAGGGCGCCAGUUCCUGGAUGAAGAAGCAGCGCUGUCGGAGGAGGAGGGGGCAGACGUGUCGUCUGAUGAAGAGGAUGGAGAAGAACAGAACCACUCCCUGGAAGGCUUUGUGGUCAACAACACACAUCUUUCACAGGGACUGAAUGACUCGGAGAUGCAUGGCGUUUACCUGAAGUCAGUGAAAAGCCCUGCAGUCCUGGGAAAGUUCAAAAUGUCCUACAGAAAUCAUCACAACAAUGAAAUAUUUUCUCAGGUGCCUGAGAUGGAUGAAACGUAUGCAGAGGACAGCUUUGUGGUGGGAAGUGAGGAGGAGGAGGUGGAGAGCGGCGAGGAGGACGCUGAAGACAUUGAACUUAUUCCUGAGGAAUCAUAUGUGGAGGGACGGAGGCAGUAUGCCACCAGACGGCGUGUAUUCUUACACAAAGCAAGAGCGGGGGCCGGUGCCAAGAUUACAGCUGGAGCUCCAGCAGAGCAGAAAGCCGGGGUGAAUACCAAGCGCAUCCGUGUCAUACGCCAUGAUGACUCUAGUGAGGAGGAGACGGAGGAAGCCGGUAAGAAGAGAUUGGUAAGAACAGAAGCGGAUGUUGCCGUCCCUCUGUGGCCAAAGGUAGCACAGCCAGAGCCCAGCAGGGUACAGCGGGCACAGCAGGAACCCUCUUCCUCCUCGUCUUCAACCGUAGCAUCCAAGGUCUCAUUACUGAGCAAGGCACAGAGGUUAUCAGUGAGGGAGGACCAGCAAAAGGAAAGGUGUCGUCAAAGGUUAGAAAAUCAGCAUUUUCUCUCUGAUGAGCUCGACUUUAUAGAGCCAGAGAAACAACCCCAGGUCAAGGCACCUCUUGCCAGCUUCUCAGUUCCACAAACGUCCACUGCACAGGAUCCAUCAGUCGGUGAGCCCCCCGCACCGGUUUGCAUUCUGAUGGACAGUCGUUGCAUCAGUAGUGGGGUGGAGCUGAUGACCAGCCUCCGUCAGCGCCACGCAGCCACCGUCCACAUCUGCUCACUGGACGGCAGCUACUUCAUUGUCAGCAACCGCACGGCAGUGGAGAGGCACAGCCAAUCGGACUUGGCUGCGAUGCAGAACCGCAAGCGAUUGGCUGAAAGAGUGAACAGCUUGCAGGGAUUGUUUGAGCGCGUUUGUCUGAUAGUGGAGAAGGACCGAAUGAAGCCAGGCGAGGCGUCACGUCCGUUUCAGCGAACACGUUACUAUGACAGCACUUUGACAGCACUGGUGCGUAUCGGGAUACGCUUGCUGUGGAGUGAUGGGCCUGAACAGAGUGCCGGCUUAUUGGCCGACCUGGCACGGCUGGAGCAGCGUAAAGGGCAGGGCAUCGCUGUGCCGUUGGAGGUCAAAGGGCAGCACAGUCAGCAGGCUCUGCAGUUCUACUUAAGCCUGCCCUCAGUCAGCUACAUCCAUGCCCUCAGCAUGAGCCACAACUUCAGAUCAAUUGCCCAACUCAUCAACAGCUCCAUUGAAGCCAUACAAAAGGGAGGCUGCAUGAGUCGGUCCAGAGCCGAGGACAUCUACCGCUUCCUGUGCUACUCCUGCGACUCCUUCAUGAACACAUCAGAAGCAGGAAAAACCUAGCAGCAUGAAGGAGAAACACUGUAGGAAAUCUGAAAUAUACUACUGUUCCUUUAUUUCCCUUCUCUCUGUUGAUCUUACUUGUUUUCAGUCUCACCGGGGACCAAAGGAUGACGGGUAUUAUAAUACGUAGUGACUGAUCUAUCUGAAGUUUUAUCUCAAUGAAGUGCCUCAGUAUAAUCAUUGAACCUUGAAAGGGAAACAUCCACCUCAAUGCAUUUAUAAUACCAUGGGUUUUCUGAUAUAAGACUUUUAUGCUACAUUUGUAAAAUAAUUUGGGUGAAGUGUAUCCCUUUAGACUCAUGGGCAAAAACUAAUCCAGUGCAAUACUGAACUCAAUCAAUAUUUGAUUGAUACUUUAACUUAUUCUUUUUGCCAAAUCAUGUUUACGUUUGUUUACAAUGCUACUCUAAAAUAAUUUAAUAUGGUAUCAAGUUUCUUGAAUAAACAUGGCUAUUUUUA